AUGGAGGUUCUGCAGUGUGAGUGGAGGAUCCCAAAGGUGUCUCUAGCAGAGAUUCUGAGGUGCUUUGAGCAUCCUAUAAGUGAGGAACAAGCCUGGGCUAUUUGCUUUCAGUGUUGCUGUAAAAUGAAGCAGUUGUCUCAGGGGCUGCACUCAUCGCUCCAUGCUGUAGUCAUAAAAGGUCCUGGGAGUAUCUUUAUCCAUGCAGAUGGCACUGCUUCCUUCAAGGUGUAUCAAAAGAAAUAUUCUAAAAACUGUUUAUUAAUCCCAAUGCAAUUAUCUUUCUACAUCUCCUCUCCUGUUUCCCUUUCAGAUGUUGGUAACACUCAACAGUUAGAGGAUAAGCUGCUGGAGCACCUGGGAGUGGUGAUCUAUGAAGCACUGGACUGGGGAAUUGACAGCCAAGCAGAGCGAGAACUGAGCGAGCCCUUGGAGAAACUGCUCUCCCUCAUGCUGAAACUGGAUGAUGAAGCGAUGAAACUAGCAGUGACCCUGCAGGAUGUUAUCAAGGUCUGUGAGGAGCACUUGUCUAGGCCUUCUGAGGCCGCCAGCCAUUACAAGGUGACCUGCAGGAGCCUUUAUACUGAAUAUAUGGAACUUAAGAAGCUUGUGUCUAUCAUCCAGACUUCAAAAGAGAGUCUGAGAAAAAUGGAGAUGGAACACUUGCUGGAAAAUCCCUUUCAGAAGAAGGAAAAAUACUUGGCAACCCUGUGGCCUGAUGUCAUCCGUGAACUGCAGAAUGGCGUGAGGCUGCGCAAGGCCACGGAGCGACCUCAGCGUCGUACUCCUCCAAAAGAAUAUACUCGCUCCCCAUAUGAAUUGCUGGUGGAUGAUAUUCAACACAAAAGGUACACCCUUCGGAAGGUGAUCAUCAGGCAAAAAAGCAAAAGCUCCAAAGUUGAUGCAACUGCUUUCAAGCCUCACCUAAAACCAGUGCUGGAGAGGAAGCUGAAAGAGUGCAUGCUGCAGGAGCCCAGCUGGCAGGAACAGUUCAUGGCAGAAAUAAAACAACCACAGAAGCUUCAGCCAUCAACAGCAAGGGAAAAUGGGAGCAGGCCCAAAGGAAUGUCUGUGUCACCAAAUAUUUCCUUGAAAUCUCCAAGAAAUAGCAUCUUACCUCUUCAAAACGUCAGUACGGUGUUUAAAAGCAUGAACAGUAUAAGACAGCAGCUAGGACCAGGAGUUCAGGAAACAACUCCCAAGCUGCCUUCCAGCACCCAGCUUGCCUUAGCCAAGUCAUCUGUAAUGACCUGCAAUAGCGCAGGUCUCCCUGCAGAUUGCACGCGUGCUUCCAUAAGUGGACCCAUGCUAGGAGAGAUUAAACCUAUCGGUUUCCUGAACUCUAGCCAACAGGAACUGCCUUCUUUCAGAGGAAGGUCCAAGUCUUUAGAGAGUGCCCUUCAAAGCAAGGAACCUGACUGUCCCUUUCCUACCAAAUGGUCAUCACCAACCAUUGCUGAGCUGAUUGGAACUAGAUAUGCAAUGAUGGUGCUGGAGGGAGAAGGAUCUCACCAAAGAGGUGGUGAUGGUGUCUUACUGAGAGCCAAGAUCUGUUUCAGCUGCCAGAAGCAGAUGUUCCUCAAGUGGCCUUAUAGCUGUUACCUUUGCAGCAGUGUCGUCUGCUGUGACUGCUGCAUCAAGAUGUCCAUGCCCUUCAGAAUGUGUGUACAUCUUCCACUUAGCUUCUUAAAACUUCUGAGACUCUCCAAAGAGGAGGAUCCAUCCACUCAAGAGCAGAGGAGCUCAGAGUUGCUGCAUGAAUUAGAACACUGGGUGUGUUCUAGUGUACCUGUCAUGUUGGAACCCCAUUGCCUAGCACGGCCUCUGUGCUGUUACACAGGAACUAUGGCAAACUGGUUGUCUGUGGACAUCUGUACCCAAUGCGAACAGUAUCUGUUGAACGUGGCUUCCAGUCAACAGCAGAACAUCUCUCUCGGGAGAAUUUCCAGGUCUUGGACCAAACUGGAAUGA